GGAAUGUCUACCUGUAAACACAUGAACGUUUAAACUGAAAGGGACCUGCAGCAUUACAGAAUUCAUGCUGUGACAUCACAGUAAGGAUUAUAGACUAAAGGUGAUCCCUGUAUCAAGAAAGGUCAGUAACAUUCACUUGCCGGGAUGUCUCCCAUCGACUAGGUAUUAACAUACAUAAAUAAUGCUAAUUGGUUGAUGUCGUACCUUAUAAAUUACUAGCUGAAAUGGCAGAAAAGGCGAUUUCUUUCAAUAAAGGACAGAUAGCGGUUCGCGGCCAGGAUCCAACUAAAUGUGUACACCACAAAGUCGAGACUUUGGAUUGGUUUUGUGAGACAUGUGAUGACGUCAUAUGUGCCAAAUGUGUGUCCACUUCACACAAAGGUCAUGACAAUAUCCUGCUUAGCGAAGUUACUCCCGACAACAAACGUAAGAUAAAAUCAUUCAUAAAUGAAACGGAGCAAAAAGAGCUGAUUGAAAUUCAACUGAAAAUCAGUUUAACACAGCACAGUCUGGACAAACACUUGAACCAUUUCGAAAGUGUAUCGGAAGAAGUAAAAAAGCAAGGGGAGAAACUUAAGGAGGAUAUUGAUGUUUUGAUAGCGGAAACACUAGCUCAGGUGAAACAUUUAGAAGAAGAAAAUACUAAACUGCUCACCAGUUACAAGAAUGAACUCGAGAAAAAACUUGCAGACCUAAAGGAACAACUGAAACAUUGUAAGGAAACUCUUCAGACAGGCACAGAUAUCCAGGUGUUUGACCUUUCAAAGAGACUUCAGACAAACAUCAUCUUACCUGAAAAACCAAAGUUAGGUUCUGGCGACUUCACCCCAAACAACAGAAGGAGUACAAUCCUGAAGGAGGCAUUUGGAAAACUUUCCCUGAGACCAUCGGAACAGUCACAGUCCUCUACCGUCCCUGACCAGUCAGAUGAAACAUCCGUUGAUGAUACCCCGCUACCUUUCGGACAUCAGCAAUCAGUUAAAGGGAGCACAGACACAGGUCAAGACCCGGAGAAGGUCCAUCUACCACAGAUUAAGAUUCUAUCAGAAUGGGAAUCUCCAUGUCAAAUAUAUGCUAUGUGUCCCAAAAGUGGUGGUGGCGUGUGGACAAGUAAUUGUUCCAAAGUGACCCUCCUAAACAGUCAAGGAGAGAUACAGCAGGGGAUACAGAAUCCUGUCUUCAUCGAAGAUAUCACUUUAUCCCCUACUACACACAACCUCUGGGUAUGUUCUUCUACUGAUAACAGUGUCAUGGAGCUGACAUCAGGUAAAAUGACUCGCAGAUUCAAAACAAAGGAUGAACCCCGAUGUCUGUGUAUUACAAGAGAUGGAUAUAUUCUUGUGGGAACAAAACACAGAAUUACCGAUUACACUCCAGAAGGGAAGCCCGGUAUCGCCACCAAAACAUAUUUGUUCAAGAAACCGAAGGUACGUUCACCACGGAGUAUAUCACAAUGUCCAAUCAAUGACAAUGUCGCUGUCGUUGAUGUAGAUGAUGAAGAAGAUGGUGGUAAGGGCGAACCAGCUGUCAUAGUGCUGGACAGACAACUACAGCAGUUAUACAGGUAUGGAGAAUCCCAACAUUACAGCGGGUCUAUGUGUCUAACUUUACACCCCUUGGAUGUAACGUAUGACAGUCUAGGAUUCCUGGUAAUAGCUGACUUUGCCAACAACAGCCUACAUCUGCUGAGUGAUAAUGGACAAUACCUGCGACUGCUGCAUACUGACAUAGAACGUCCCCGGGCUGUAUGCAUAGACACGGAGGGAGUUCUGUGGGCGGCGUUUGGUUUAUAUAACACUGAUCAAAAGGUGAAACGUCUACAGUACACGAGUGUUUAAAUCAGACUUUAAUUGUUAUUACAUUUACGUGAAUUACAGUAGUCAAAUAUUACCAAUUCAUUUGACACAUUACACAAGUGUCACAUCAAAAAAUUAGUUUCUAUAUAUUGGUAAGAAUGAGUAAAUUUUUC